AGCCCCGCCCCUGGCUGCUGCGUCAGUACUGUGAAGACCUGCUGUGUUGAUUCGCAGCAGAACGGUGGUCUCGGUGAGUCCAAUGGUCCUUCGUGGCAGCGGGUACCUCUGACUCACGACUAACGUUAGCUCGAGUCGGGCCCGCGUGGGUUGGCUCGGCUCGGUGUGCUACUUCCCCUACCAGUUCAGCAAACAUGGCCGCCACGGAUCCCCGCUCGUCGAGUGACGGCGGGCCGGCCAGCAGAGGAGGCUUCCCCGCCGGAGAGAGCAGCAAGGACCGGGACGGGCCGGACGGAGGCAGCGGCGGCGGCGGCGAGAGCGAACGGGACCGGGCCACGUUCGAGUGCAACAUUUGUCUGGACACUGCCACGGACGCUGUCAUCAGCAUGUGCGGCCACUUGUUCUGCUGGCCCUGCCUUCACCAAUGGUUGGAGACGCGGCCCAGCAGGCAGCAGUGCCCCGUGUGUAAAGCGGGCAUCAGCAGAGAGAAGGUCAUCCCGCUCUACGGCCGGGGGAGCUCCAGCCAGGAGGACCCCAGGUUGAAAACUCCACCUCGACCUCAGGGACAGAGAACGGAGCCGGAGAGCAGAGGAGGGAUGUUCCCGGGCUUUGGAGAAACCGGCUUCCACAUGUCUUUUGGCAUCGGAGCGUUCCCCUUCGGCUUUUUCACCACCGUCUUCAACACCAACGACCCGUUCCACAGACCCGAUCAGUACGCAGCUGAUCAACAAGGCAACGGCAACCUCAACAACGGCAACAACAACUGGCAGGACUCCCUCUUCCUCUUCGUGGCCAUCAUCUUCUUCUUCUGGCUGCUGAGCGUGUGAAGGCGGCGGGGAAGGCGGAGCUUCCAAAACAAAAUGAAACUCGGGCCUCGGACUGCGUUACGUAACCUGGGAGAAAACAAGAAACGCAGGUUUCCUCCUCCCAAACAUAAAUCACUGCCUGACUCAAACGCACGCACACACCUGCUGUUAAUUUUGUUUAUGCAAAACACAGACUCCUAAAACAAAUCACCUUCGCCCCUCCCUCCCCGGCCUCAGCUGUAGAUUUUUGCACACAGAAGAGGUGAGCGUGCACGGAGGUUUGAGGGUCUCACUGUUGGUGUUCAGAGACAGUAUUAAAUGAUCAGGGUGGCCGACGCAGUUUUACUUCGUAUUUGUUUUCUUUUGACUUAACGCUGUAGUUGUAAAAAAUGGGGAACUGUAGUUUAUUUCCCUA